AUGCACAUUUCACAGACAGGAAAUGGGAGAAAUGACUUGCUCAAGGUCAUAUAGCCAGAAAGGGGUGAGGCUGUCUGACACCAAGGUCUGAAGUGCAUAAUUUCUGGUGCCUUCUCUCUGCCUAUGAUGGGAGCUUCCCGCCGCCUCAGCCACAGUCCCUCCGGGGGUCCUUGGGCCCAGGACAUGCGGUGAUCUCCGAGCACGGGCAGCCACCACCACCCAGAGCUCACCAGCCAUGAACGCCCACCCCAAGGAGAUGGUGCCCCUCAUGGGCAGAAGAGCUGCCAUCCCCAGUGGGAACCCGGCCGUCCCGCAAGAGAAGAGGUCAGCAGAAAUCACCCCCACCAAGAAGAGUGCACACUUCUUCCUGGAGAUAGAAGGGUUCGAUCCCAACCCCACUGUCUCCAAGACCUCUCCCCCCGUCUUCUCCAAGCCUAUGGACUCCAACAUCCGGCAGUGCCUCUCUGGCAACUGUGAUGACAUGGACUCACCACAGUCUCCUCAGGACGAUGUGACGGAGACCCCCUCCAAUCCGAACAGUCCCAGUGCAAACCUGGCCAAGGAAGAGCAGAGGCGGAAAAAGAAGCGGCUGAAGAAGCGCAUCUUUGCAGCCGUGUCGGAGGGCUGCGUGGAGGAGCUGCUGGAGCUGCUGCGGGAGCUGCAGGAGCUUUGCAGGCGGCGACGCGGCCUGGACGUGGCUGACUUCCUCAUGCACAAGCUGACGGCCUCUGACACGGGGAAGACCUGUCUGAUGAAGGCCUUGUUAAACAUCAACCCCAACACCAAGGAGAUUGUGCGGAUCCUGCUGGCUUUUGCUGAGGACAAUGACAUCCUGGACAGGUUCAUCAAUGCUGCGUACACAGAGGAGGCCUACAAAGGGCAGACGGCACUGAACAUCGCCAUCGAGCGGCGGCAGGGAGACGUCACCGCCCUGCUCAUCGCUGCGGGCGCCGACGUCAACGCCCACGCCAGGGGUUUCUUCUUCAACCCCAAGUACCUGCACGAAGGCUUCUACUUCGGCGAGACCCCACUGGCCCUGGCGGCAUGUACCAACCAGCCCGAGAUUGUGCAGCUGCUGAUGGAGAAUGAGCAGACAGAUAUCACCUCUCAGGACUCACGGGGAAACAACAUCCUACACGCACUGGUGACGGUGGCUGAGGACUUCAAGACGCAGAAUGACUUUGUGAAGCGCAUGUACGACAUGAUCCUGCUGAGGAGCGGAACCUGGGAGCUGGAGACCAUGCACAAUAACGACGGUCUCACACCGCUGCAGCUGGCCGCCAAGAUGGGCAAGGCCGAGAUCUUGAAGUAUAUACUCAGUCGUGAGAUCAAGGAGAAGCCCCUCCGGAGCCUGUCCCGGAAGUUCACUGACUGGGCAUACGGGCCUGUGUCGUCAUCACUCUAUGACCUCACCAAUGUGGACACUACGACAGACAACUCGGUGCUGGAAAUCAUUGUCUACAACACCAACAUUGAUAACCGGCAUGAGAUGCUGACCCUGGAGCCCCUGCACACACUGCUGCAUAUGAAAUGGAAGAAGUUUGCCAAGUACAUGUUCUUCUUGUCCUUCUGCUUUUAUUUCUUCUACAACAUCACCCUGACUCUGGUCUCCUACUACCGCCCCCGGGAAGAGGAGGCCCUCCCACACCCGUUGGCCUUGACGCACAAGAUGGGGUGGCUGCAACUGUUAGGAAGGAUGUUCGUGCUCAUCUGGGCCCUGUGCAUCUCUGUGAAGGAGGGCAUCGCGAUCUUCCUGCUGAGACCCUCGGAUCUGCAGUCCAUUCUCUCUGAUGCCUGGUUUCACUUUGUCUUCUUUGUCCAAGCCGUGCUUGUGGUGCUGUCCGUCUUCUUGUACUUGUCCACCUACAAGGAGUACCUCGCCUGCCUUGUGCUGGCCAUGGCCCUGGGCUGGGCAAACAUGCUCUACUACACGCGGGGGUUCCAGUCCAUGGGCAUGUACAGCGUCAUGAUCCAGAAGGUCAUUUUGCAUGAUGUUCUGAAGUUCUUGUUUGUAUAUAUCGUGUUCCUACUUGGAUUUGGAGUAGCCCUGGCCUCAUUGAUCGAGAAGUGUCCCAGCGACAACAAGGACUGCAGCUCCUAUGGCAGCUUCAGUGAGGCGGUGCUGGAACUCUUUAAGCUCACCAUUGGCCUGGGCGACCUGAACAUACAGCAGAACUCCAAGUACCCCAUCCUCUUUCUGUUCCUGCUCAUCACCUACGUCAUCCUCACCUUCGUCCUCCUGCUCAACAUGCUCAUCGCCCUGAUGGGAGAAACCGUGGAGAAUGUCUCCAAGGAGAGUGAGCGCAUCUGGCGUCUACAGAGAGCCAGGACGAUUUUGGAGUUUGAGAAGAUGUUACCAGAAUGGCUGAGGAGCAGAUUCCGGAUGGGAGAGCUGUGUAAAGUAGCAGAGGAAGACUUCCGGCUGUGUUUGCGGAUCAAUGAGGUGAAGUGGACUGAGUGGAAAACGCAUGUCUCCUUCCUCAACGAAGACCCGGGGCCCGUGAGACGGACAGCAGAUUUCAACAAAAUCCAAGAUUCUUCCAGGAGCAACAGCAAAACCACCCUCAAUGCAUUUGAUGAAAUAGAUGAGUUUCCAGAAACUUCGGUGUAGAAGCAGAAUCCAGAGCUGGUGUGAGCAUGGGCCACCUGAUGCUGCAGGCUGGGUCCUGGACUCCCUGCUGAGGGCUUGUGACGCGAUGCGGCCUCGCACUUCGUGCCCAGAGGCGGAAAGCACCCUUGUGCUGAGUCGGGGGCUGUACUGAGAGGCAGUUGUCCAUCUGCUUGAGUGGGAAACACCCUGAAUAUUUUUUUACUCAGCAAAGGGUUGGUGUAAACCCAUGGCCGGCAGUCCUGAGCCUGGAAGUCCCUGAAGUCCAGGGUGAAGCCCCUGGGCUCACCAACUGCAGGGCAGCUUGGCUGGAGGUGGGGGGCAGGGAAGGGGCAGAGGCCUGAGGAGCAGAACUUCCUUCCAGCCAACAUCUCCUCCACAGUCCCCAGCCCUAGCCCACACGUUCCACCAUCUCCCUUACCGUGACUGAGUCUCCUGAAUUUAAGGGAUUCUUGAUCCCAUCCCAGAACAAACAGGGGACUGAACUAAGUCGGACAUCCUGGGGGCAGAGGGGACUGAGCUGUGGAAAUGCCCGUCCGGACCCUUCAGGGAACAGGAAACUCCCCUCGGAGCGAGUGCCUUGGUACGCCAAGGUUCCAGCUGUCUCAGACUGAGAGACGUUUUCCGUAGAGUAAUUAACACAGGGUUUUUAUUUUCAAUAGAGAAAAGACAUUUCAGUUUUGAAUGAAAGUUACUUCAGAUGAAGUAUGUGAUUUUAAAAGCUGAGAAGCAGAUUUGGGGAUUUGGGGCUGGAUAUAAGUAUUAUAUACUUGGCCUCAGGGUGGCCAGAGCAGGGACAAGAAGCUUUUCUUUACACACACAGAAGUGCACAUGAGACGUGCCAGGCAGGGCCUGCGUGGGCUGCUGUGACGUGGGUGGAGGAGCUUGGCUCUUGUGUUUGUCCUGGCCCUGUCAUCAUGCGUGCCUCCCAGCUGGGAGCGGGGCUUCAUCUGGCACGGAAAUAGCAGCUGCUCUGUUUCCACGGUCUUAAAUCUCAGAGGUUACUAUUAUACAUCAGUACUUCUCAUUGGAGGAAUUUAACGAAAUACCCGGAAUGCUCUGGUAUUAAAUAUUUUUGUUAACUGUGAAUUUUGAGGCUGAGAAGGAGUGUGAAAAAGGAGUGUUUGCCAAGACAUAGGGCUUCUUUUUAGAGCCUCAUCCUCUGACUUUUCUCCCCCUGAAAUUACGCAGAGUCAGGCUGGGGCAGAGGUGAAGUGGGGAUGGGAGACUUCUUCUGGAUCACUGGAACCUAAACAACCAUAAAAGCCACUCUGCCUUAGGUAUCUGGUAAAAGGAUUCAUGUGGGAAUUUUUGGAGGUGGAAUUGCAAAGAUAUUAACCGUGAGUUUUAAUUUUAAAGGGCAUAACAAUAAAUUUGGCCUUUAGACAACUUGGCAAUUGGCUAGUGAAUGUGACCUGAGGCAAACUGAGGAGUGCGGGCCAAGGAGUCCACUCUGGGCCCGUUUCUCCACUCUGGGCUGCUCUGUGUGCCAACUUCCCUGGGUGAGUGGACACUUGGCCUUUGUGCCCCUGAUGGGUCAGGGCUUGGGAGAGGGUGGGGUGGGUCAGGGACGAGCCUGAGACCUGCACAGUUUGCUUCAGCCCCUGUACUCCCAGCUGAAGCCGACCAGGGCUCUAAGCUGUGGUGGUCAGAUCAAGCUCUGGUGUGAGCAGGGGUAGCAGGGCCUAGGCAUGUUCUCUGGAAAGGGAAGAUUGGUGGAGGAGGGUUGUCAUGGAGGCAGGAGGAGCACCUGUGUUCCAGAGGAGCAGAAACAGUGCCAAAGGAAAUUUCAAGGACAAAGAUUUUGGUUCUGUUCCAUCUAGCAACUGCUCCAGAUAUUGAGGAUGUUUAAGCAGAACUUAUUUAGGGAUGUUGUUAAGGAAUCAUGAUCAGAUGGACUUUGAGGUCCUUUUAGCCUGGAGCUCAGCAUCCUGUAUCUGGAGUUCCCUACUUGUAUACAUCCAGAGCAGAUGUCCUGGUCUGAAGGGCAACCAUUUGGAUCCAUGGUGCCCUGAUCUAGGAAUUCCAGAAUUGUUCUGAUUCAUAUACGAAUGGAUAAAGUCGGAUAGCUCGCCAUUUCCCAUUUAAACAGAAGCUGGGGGUGAGGUGAAUGGAAAUCAAUAAUGGGAUCUUGGUCUUCUCACACAACUGGAAAGCUGUUCUCUGUGGAUCUGGAUGGAAUUUGUGGGCAGGGGCAUUUUCUGUACCCGUAUUCAUCCCUGAAAGGCUUUCAGCCUAGAUCGUCUGAGCCUGGGUAGGUUUACCAAGGCGAAAGAAAGCAAUGAGUCAAAGAUCAUUGGUUUGAAAGGAUCAGUUCCCUUAUCUUAUACCUGGAAACUAAAGCCCAGAAAGGAAAGUGGAUUUGCUUAACACCAUGCAGCCACGCAGAAAGUCACAUCAGAACUGCUGAAGUUGGAGUGUUCUGACCUCUGGGCCACAGGUUUCUCCCAGCACCAUCUGUUUUUUUAGCACAGUUAUUCAGUGAAUUUGAGCCCACCUUUGUGGUUGCCACAUAUGUUAUGUCAGGGGGCUAAGGCUCUUUGCUCCGAUGACCCAUGUUGGCAGUCUGCAUUGCCCCAGUGAUCCCUAUGACAGGCACACACACAUGCACACACACACACACCACGCCACACUGAAUCCAGGGGCAUAUCAGGACAUCUUAAAACUUCAUGAUUUACAUUUCAGUAAUGUAAGGGGUAGGCAUUUUCCAGGGAUGGAAUCUCCCGUGCUCAGAUAAUGGUUUUGGCUGGGAAUUUUCCUUUGGCUAAACUGCCUCAGGAGGAAUCUAUUAUUCUAGACGUUAUGUGAUGUAUAUAUCUGGGAUAAAAAUAGUGCUUACCUUCCUCUCUGGGAUGUAGCAGAAGGUGUACGAGAUUGUACUGUGAAGUAAUUAAGCUCUUAGAAGGCUCCUGCCUGAGAGAGCCCAGUAUUAUUGAAGUUCCUCUCCUUCCUCAAGGCCUGGUUGAACUGUGUCCUUUUGCUCUGGGUGGGGCCCAGGUCGAUAGGCCGGGAUAAGGCCUGUAAGCCAUACUUGAGUUUUGCGUUGAUUUACAUGUUUAUUCUGUGAUCUUGGUUCCAAACACAGAAUUGUCACCUUGUUCUCAUGGAAUGUGCCUGAUCCUUGUCAAUUUUAAUUCACAUACUUGUUCUUAGUGUUAUGUGUGUGUGAAACUCUGGGUUUAAUUAAGAAGUCACAGAGUAAGAACAUUUUAGUGCCAUUGAAGAAAUGCUUUUAUGAUUUCUAAUAAAUAUUUAUUUUGCCUUGUUAA